CCCUGAAGGGCCCUGAAAUACUACCGACCGUACGACUUAGAGCCAUCGCCAAUACUCCAACUCCAUACGGAAAAUUUUAAUAUCUGCACUGGUCACGUUUUUGGUCGUCUUUAGUCCUGCUCCUGGAGCAUGCGCAGUUGAAAGAGAAGGAGAAGUAACGAGAUAGCUACCUACUUCUUGACCACUGAAAUUUCUUUCCAGCAGCCCUACCCCUAAAAAAAAAAAAAAAAAAAAAAAAAAAAAAAAAAAAAAGCCGCACCAAACAAGACCCGCAAAACUGUUCCGUGCGCAGCAAGCCGCAAGUAUGGAUGUCGAAAAAGGAAGGGUGCCAGACAAUAAUGUUAUCGCACCAGCGUCCGACCAGGAGAGCGUGCGACCCGAGAUGGGUUCUCGGGCGGGACGGAAAUCAGGGUCCGGGAACUCGACCGGCCGAGGCAGCGGAGGCUUUCUGCCAACUGUACUCCGGUUUCUCAACCGGGCAGAGGCUCGAGGAAUUGCCCCAGUGCCCGUUGAGGAACGGACGGAAAAGAGGGCUUUUAACGUCUUCACCCUAUGGUGGACUAUGAACGCCAACAUCUUGGCAAUCACGUUUGGCAUGUUGGCGCCAUCCUUCGGCUUGGGUCUGCGCGAUGCCUCGCUUGUCAUCAUUUUCUUCUCCCUGUUGACCGCUGCUCCGACGUCCUAUCUCUCUACCCUGGGUCCCAAGACGGGCAUGCGACAGAUGGUCCAAGCCAGAUAUAGCUGGGGACGCUAUCUUGUCACUCUGCCUGUCAUCCUGAACCUGGCAACUCUGACUGGGUUCUGCGUGGUAAUGGCAGUCAUCGGGGGUCAAUGUCUGUCCGCCGUCGCCGGUGAAGGAUCGCUAACGCCGAACGUCGGGAUCGUUAUCAUGGCGCUGCUGUCACUCUUCAUAUCCUUCUGCGGCUUCAGGGUACUUCACUUCUAUGAGAGGUGGGCGUCCAUCCCUGCCGUCAUCGCCAUUGUCGUUGCGACGGGCUGCGGCGGCGAGGGCUUGAAGCUACAGUCAACCCCACCUGUCGCCACUGUCACCGCAGUCUUUUCGUUCGGCAUGAUUGUGGCAUCAUACAUGAUCCCCUGGGCUGCCUUGGCCUCUGACUUUACCACGUAUCUGGAGCCUUCCACACCCGCCAUCAAAAUCUUCGCAUAUAGCUUCGCAGGCCUGGUCACACCACCCGUUCUACUCAUGAUCCUCGGAGCUGCGAUCGCCGGAGCUGUCCCGUUAAACCCCACAUGGGAGGCGGGAUACGAUCGCAACCUGGUCGGCGGUGUGCUCGACGCGAUGCUCACCCCUGCCGGCGGGUUCGGCAAGUUCCUCGUCGUCGUGCUGUCCUUUAGUCUGCUGGGAAACCUCUCGGCGACAUCGUACUCGGUCAGCCUGAACCUGCAGCAGCUCUUCGCGCCGCUGACGCGCGGCUCCGAGAUCCUCAAGCGGGUUCCGCGCUACGCCUACACGAUCCUGCUCACGGCGCUCGUCAUCCCCAUCGGCAUCCGCGCCGCGCAGGACUUUUUUGUCAGCCUCGAGAACUUCCUCGGCCUGAUCGGUUACUGGAGCGCCGCCUUUGUGUCUCUGCUCAUGGUCGAGCACCUCUGGUUCCGCGCCGGCGACUGCGACUCGUAUGAUCCGGCCAUCUGGAACGACGGCGCCCGCCUCCCCAUUGGAGUCGCCGCGCUGGUGUCCUCGGUUCUGAGCUUCCUCUUGGUCGUGCCGUCCAUGUCCCAGGUCUGGUGGACGGGUCCCAUCGCCAGGGUGACUGGGGAUCUGGGGUUCGAGUUUGCGUUUGUGGUGACGGGGCUGCUAUAUGUGCCUUUCAGGACCUUGGAGAAGCAUUUGACCAAGCGUUGAUUGAGCGGUUCGUGGGAGCAUUGCGAUGGACCUCUUGAGUGGGUCUUUGUUGUUGGUUCUUCCAGUGCAUAUUAAGGCCUGUGAUUAACCAUGGUUGUGAUUAUGCUGGUAUGAACCCAGUCGAUUUCCAGGGGUCGCAAUAUCUAGACUAGGUAUAUAAUCCUAGCACACAAAUGGCAAAAUUUCGAAACUUUAUUUUAGGUGCGUUUCUGCCAGAUCUAGUCUUGGUAGCGGAUCGAAUGUCUGCAGUAUGAGACAAUAUUCACAAGUCCAGUUGGACAUGAUGAGCAGCAAGUCAAGUUUGAAGUCCACGUUUCGUUGAGGCGUGCAUGCAAUGCCUUGCAAGAUAUAAACACCCAGACAGCUUUCCAAACUAGGCUUCACUUGUUGUGGGAUGUUAUUGUAUGAGAAUCCCAUGUACCGAACUGGAUUAAACAAGACGGACGGGUAUCUUCGGCAUACUCCAGAUUAAGCAAGAACGGCAGCCAGACGCUCACAGACAAAGUCGACACCCUCUUUACCCUUUUGCAACACAGCAUCCAUGACGAUGAAGGGGUGCGGAACCCCCUCGAUGACUUUGACCUCUGCCUCGACGCCCGCGUCCCGCAGCUUCCUCGCGUACUCCUCGCCCUCCCACCUCAGCACGUCCAGGCCGGCAACGACCACCAGCGCAGGCGGCAGCUUGGCAAAUGUGUCUGCAUCCGCAAACAGCGGCGACGCCUCGACCGACGCCCAGUCCGCCCGGUCGGGGAGGUAGUGGCGGCGGUACCACAGCAUCUUGUCGACGGGCAGCGCGGCCGUGUGCUCGUAUUCUGCAUAGGUGGUGCUCGUCUCGACGGAUGCGGUGUUGUCCGUCACGGGCACGACGAGCAGCUGGAACCUGAACAAGCCCGCCCUGGCAAACGCCUCGUGCCGGAGCGCCCUCUGCGUCACCACGGCGGCGAGGUUCCCGCCCGCGCUCGACCCGCCCACGGCGACCUUGGCCAGGUCCAGGGGCUCGCCGAGGGCAGGAGCCGCCGCUCCCGUCGCGACCCACAGCGCGGCCUCCCAGGCGUC